AUGGAUAACAUGGAGUGUAAUAAACUGCAACCUGUUGUGAGAAAAGUUAAGAAGAAGCAAGUGAAGGACGAGUUGGAUCGUCAAAAACAGGCUGAGAAAAAGAAGAGGCGCUUAGAGAUAGCCCUUGCUACUUCAGCUGCCAUCAUUUCUGAACUAGAAAAGAAAAAACAAAAGCAAAAAGAAGAGCAACAGAGGCUUGAUGAAGAAGGUGUUGCAAUUGCCGAGGCUGUUGCACUGCAUGUUGUACUUGGUGAAGACUCAAAUGAGACAUGUGAAAUUGUUCUGAACAAAGACGAAGUGCUUACUUUCAAAAGCUAUGAAGCUGUGCUAUAG